AUGGAGAGUGACGGCUUAAUAAGUGCAGGAUUUAUUUUGGGAGUGAUGAAAUAUUCUGAAAUUAUCGAAGACAUCAUGAGCGUGGUAAAGGGCACUCAAAAACCGGUAGGAACGACGGGGACGCGCAAAGGGAACGGGGGCGCGCGUCGGAAGAAGCCGCCCGGGUGUCGCCCACGCAUGCGUCCUGGAGUCUUUUCCUCUAAGCGAGUUCCGCUCCGGAGCCGGCUCCUCCGCAGCCAGACUCCUAGUAAAGCUAGCAAGAUAGUUGAGGCGACGGUGGUGCCGGUGGCCAAGCACCGAGGGUGAGUGGGAGUCAUGCCAGCCUACAGUGCAGCUGAAGAUGCACUCACCACCAAGUUAGUCACCUUCUAUGAGGGCCACAGCAACACAUCCACCAUCCCCUCCCACCAGGCUUCAGUGCUUCUCUUUGAACCCAGCAAUGGCUCCCUGCUGGCGGUCAUGGAUGGAAAUGUCAUAACUGCAAAGAGAACAGCAGCCGUGUCUGCCAUUGCCACCAAGUUUUUGAAACCCCCAGAUAGUGACGUGCUGUGCAUCCUUGGGGCUGGGGUCCAGGCGUAUAGUCAUUAUGAGAUCUUCACAGAACAGUUCUCCUUCAAGGAGGUGAGAAUAUGGAACCGCACUAGGGAAAAUGCAGAGAAGUUUGCAAGCACAGUGCAAGGAGAUGUUCGGGUCUGUUCAUCGGUGCAGGAGGCUGUGACAGGUGCUGAUGUCAUCAUCACAGUCACCAUGGCAACAGAGCCCAUUUUAUUUGGUGACUGGGUGAAGCCAGGGGCUCACAUCAAUGCUGUUGGAGCCAGCAGACCUGACUGGCGAGAACUGGAUGAUGAGCUCAUGAAGCAAGCAGUGCUGUAUGUGGACUCCCGGGAGGCUGCCCUGAAGGAGUCAGGAGAUGUUCUGUUGUCAGGGGCUGACAUCUUUGCUGAGCUUGGAGAAGUGGUGUCAGGAGUGAAGCCUGCACACUGUGAGAAGACCACAGUGUUCAAGUCUUUGGGGAUGGCAGUGGAAGACCUGGUGGCAGCCAAACUAGUGUAUGAUUCUUGGUCAUCUGGCAAGUGA